UUAAAAUUACGUUAACGUUGAUGCACCAACAUUGCCACUCUUUAGCUCAUAACCGUUUUUUCUGUUUAUUCUACAUUCCUCCCUCUGUCUCUCUCUCCCUCAGAUUUAAUCUGCUCACCUAAAAAAACCAGAUCAAAUAUCGUUGAUCUGAGAUCCAAUACCUUCCGCCUUCCUAACCCACAUUUUCAAUUUCCGAUCAUUUGAUCCAUCACUCUGAUUCGACCCCAGAUAAUCAAUGGCCAGAUUGGAGAGCUUGAUCGGGCUGGUCAAUCGCAUCCAGCGAGCCUGCACCGUUCUCGGCGAUCAUGGCGGCGAGGGCAUGUCGCUCUGGGAAGCCCUUCCGACGGUCGCCGUUGUCGGAGGCCAGAGUUCCGGAAAAUCGUCGGUUUUGGAAAGCGUCGUUGGGAGAGAUUUCUUGCCUCGUGGCUCCGGUAUUGUGACGAGGAGACCAUUAGUGUUGCAACUUCAUAAGAUAGACGAGGGACGGUCUGAAUAUGCAGAGUUUCUUCAUUGUUCUAAGAAGAAAUUCACUGAUUUUGCUUCUGUACGUAAGGAGAUAUCGGAUGAGACUGAUCGUAUAACUGGGAAGACAAAACACAUCUCUAACAUUCCAAUUCAUCUCAGCAUAUAUUCUCCAAAUGUUGUAAACUUAACCCUUAUCGAUCUUCCUGGAUUGACAAAGGUGGCUGUAGAGGGACAACCAGACACCAUUGUUGAGGAUAUUGAGAAUAUGGUCCGUUCUUAUGUUGAGAAGCCUAACUGCAUUAUAUUGGCUAUAUCUCCUGCUAAUCAAGAUAUUGCCACUUCAGAUGCCAUCAAACUUGCAAGAGAAGUCGACCCUUCAGGUGAAAGAACAUUUGGAGUGCUAACAAAACUUGAUCUGAUGGACAAGGGAACCAAUGCUCUGGAUGUUAUAGAAGGAAGGUCAUAUAGACUGCAACACCCAUGGGUAGGAAUUGUGAAUCGUUCACAAGCUGAUAUCAAUAAGAACGUUGAUAUGAUUGCUGCUCGUCGUAAGGAGCAAGAAUACUUUGAAACUAGUCCUGAAUAUGGGCACUUGGCGCACAAAAUGGGUUCAGAGUAUCUUGCCAAACUUUUGUCUAAGCAUUUGGAGGUUGUCAUUAGGCAACGGAUACCUAGCAUCAUUGCUUUGAUAAACAAGACAAUUGAUGAGCUUAAUGCAGAGCUGGAUCGUAUUGGCAGGCCAAUUGGUGUAGAUUCAGGGGCCCAGCUGUACACUAUUUUAGAAUUAUGUCGUGCAUUUGACUGUGUAUUUAAGGAACACCUGGAUGGAGGGCGGCCUGGUGGAGAUCGUAUAUAUAAAGUUUUUGACCAUCAAUUACCAGCUGCUUUGAAAAAGCUUCCCCUUGAUCGUCAUCUCUCUAUAAAGAAUGUCCAAAAAGUUGUUACUGAGGCUGAUGGUUAUCAGCCCCAUUUGAUUGCUCCAGAACAAGGAUACCGAAGACUCAUUGAUGGAUCUAUUAUCUAUUUCAAAGGACCAGCUGAAGCCUCUGUAGAUGCAGUGCACUUUGUUUUGAAAGAACUUGUACGGAAGUCAAUAGCUGAAACCGAGGAAUUGAAGCGAUUCCCUACACUUCAGUCUGAUAUAGCAGCAGCUUCCACGGAAGCGUUGGAAAGGUUUCGUGAUGAAAGCAGGAAAACUGUUACACGACUGGUGGAAAUGGAAUCUAGCUAUCUAACAGUGGAAUUUUUUAGAAAGCUUAAUUCAGAACCAGAAAGAACUCCAGGUCAAGCAGUCAAGGCAGAUAAACACUCAAAAGAGAGAGAAACAGUACAAAAUAUGGACACUUUCGGAGAUAAUUAUCUCAGGAGGAUUGCAUCAAAUGUCAGCUCUUACAUCAAUAUGGUUUGUGAGACACUGAGGCUUUCGAUUCCAAAGGCUGUUGUUCACUGUCAAGUUCGAGAGGCCAAGAGAAAUCUGCUCAACCAUUUUUAUGCCCAAAUUGGAAGGCAAGAGAAGGAGAGGCUUGGUGCAAUGUUGGAUGAGGAUCCGGCACUCAUGGAAAGGCGAACAAACAUUGCUAAACGCCUUGAACUCUACAAGUCUGCUAGAGAUGAGAUCGAUUCUGUCGCAUGGAAAUGAUGGAGCCACAUUACAUUGCAUGAGGCUUGUACCAGAUCGAGUUAUCUUUUAUACAACUCACGACAACGCAGACAUCACAGAAUAUGAGCCUGCAUAUUCUUCUUUCUACUUGAAACGAGAAAAGCUCACAGGUAGUGCAAGCUCUUAGAUUUGAACUUGCACAUGAUUAUUUUCCCCAGGCUUUUUCUUUGUUGGACAUAACUUCAACACACUGUAUAAUGAUACAACUCUUUCGCAACAGUUUUCGUUCCUCUGUCAAAUGGUCAUCCGAUUCAUAC